UGAUCCGAGCUCGGCAGUUGGCAGAUAAACCCGGUCAGAGACGCCAUUGUAGGACUGUACGACGGUGCAAAGGAAACAAUUGAAUUUUAAUAGUCAGUUCGGACCUUUGUCUUUUGGUUCGCAGUGAAAUUUUGAUUUGGUUUUUCUUUAAUUCUCACGUAUAUUCCCGAGUUACCAUGGCGUGCGGGGCCACGUUAAAGCGCUCGAUGGAGUUUGAGGUCCUCCUUAGCCCCCAGUCUCCAAAGCGGAGGAGGUGCAACCCGCUGCCGGGGACGCCGGGUACCCCGUCGCCGCAGAGGCGCAGCCUGCGGCCGGCUGCCGAGAGCCCAUCGCAUUCCAUGUCGCCUCAGGCGCUUGGAGGGGAGCACAGGCUCACACCAGAGCAGAUCUUCCAGAACCUCAAACAGGAGUAUAGCCGUUACCAGCGGCGACGGCAGCUGGAGGGUGCCUUCAACCAAACCGAGGUUGCUGGGCCCAGCGAGUGUCAGAACAGCAGCCCCACGCUCACCGCCCCCAGCUCCCCACCUGGGGCCUCGUCCGUGAAAAAGGACCAGCCCUCGUUUACCUUGCGCCAGGUGGGCUACCUGUGCGAGCGUCUCCUCAAAGACCACGAAGAAAAGAUCCGGGAAGAGUAUGAACAGAUUCUCAACACAAAGCUCGCAGAGCAGUACGAGUCCUUUGUGAAGUUCACACAAGACCAGAUCAUGCGGCGGUAUGGAGCCAGGCCAGCAAGCUAUGUCUCCUGAAGAUUCUACUCUGUUGGUACCAGCUUUCCUCCACCAAGAUGGCUGCUGUACUCCUUACCAUCCCACGUCCUAUGUUUUUAUUUUCUUCCACAAUGUUUGGGUGCCAUGAUUUUACCUUUUUAAUCCCCCGGAGGAGCUCCGCUCUGUUUUGCUGCUGGCCUGUUCUGAAUCAACGUCCUCGCCGGUGUGUGCGCACCGUCCUGAAAACAUGCCGUGCUUCGGGAAGCUCGCCCCUGUGACUGUCCUGUUACCUUGCCAAUGCUGCCAAAGCAGGCCUGUCCCAGUUUCUCUCCCACAUGUCAAACACACGGAUGUGGACUUUUAAUUUCCACCUUCUCUGUAUAAAUAAAACUGAAGUCACACUUUCCCCUGUACAUAAUUCAUAUUUCUGGUUCCACUUGUGUUCUUCUGCACUACAGUUUGUACAGCUAGCGGGAAGUCAGUCACCAGUCGACUGUUAAUGGUGCGAUUUUAAGUUUCCUUAAGUCUUAACUGGCUUAAUCUGAAAUAACUGGGCCUGUGUGUAUGAAGUGGUAGACAUACUGGGACGUGUAAGACCCGCCUCUGCACAGUGCUCUGCCGCCAGCCCCGUGACCUUCUCCUCAUGUGUGGAUGUACGUGUACCGUGAUUAAGGGUGUAAAAUGGGCCCUUCUCAGCAUUGGAAUGGACUUUUUGCGGGAGACUGAAUGUAGCCUGGAAGAUGGGGCUGAGAUGAGCAAUCUGGUAUGAUUCAUGAGGAAUGGAUUUGUACAGUGCCCCCCCCCCUUCCUUCUUGCUUCCCCCCUUUUUUCCAGGUGUAUUUCGGGGAGGUUUGAUAGCCAGUUAAACAUCCUGGUGUGUUAAAAGGAUGUGGGGGGCCCACUCUGCCUGUGUGCACGUGUGGUGUGGUUUGUUUUCAAAUGUAAUUUCACCCUUGAGUUUAUUUGCGGACUCUGGGUUCAAUUUGCUUGGAACAAUAUUGUGACAAGUGACUGACUGACCGGUGGGGACACCAGCGAGAAGUUGAAUUACACCACCUGCAUUUCCUUUCAGAUGUGAAUUGUAUUUGUUUGCCUGUAUCGCUUUCUCAUUGUAGCUUGUUUCUGUUGAGGGGGGUCAGCAUUCAGUGGCAUGCUGGAGUAUGACAGCAACCUGUUGAGACGCCUUACCGAAAGGCAGUUUUUAAUUUUCUUGUACAGUUUCCCCCUCCAUGGUUUUUUUUUCUUUCUUUGUAGUGUUGACUGGUUUAGUUGAAACAAAUAAACGCAUUGGAGACGCGCUUGA